UCUGCCACGUCCCAGCGCCGCAGCGCUCACACCAUGUCCUUUCUUUGAUCACCACCUGAAGUAAUGACAAUUUAAAGGACUUAAAGUUCAAAAUGUGACGUCACUUCUGCUCUCAGCCUCCUACAGUGUGGUUUGUCAGAAUGUGAGCGGAUGCAGACUUUUGGGAGCUGAUUGCUGGGGAUUUCUGUGUGGCUGCUUUUUUGACCUUCUAACGCAACCUUUCUCGGGGGGUCAUAUGGAUCGAUCGCCGCGCUUCCAAGGAUCUGUUUGUUUUAAUCAUCUGGACGACUAACUGGAGCCACAUGAAGAAUAAAGGGACUAAGCAAAAGUCCAAAAAGAAAGGAAGUGAAAAUGCGUUCGGCUGUGACCUGAUAGAACAUCUCCAGAAUUCAGGACAAGAUGUCCCUCAGGUUCUGAAGAAGUGUGCAGAGUUUAUUGAGGAGCAUGGGAUCGUGGACGGGAUCUACAGGCUGUCGGGGGUCACCUCGAAUAUCCAGCGUCUCAGGCAGGAAUUCAGCUCUGAGGCGUGCCCUGACCUUACAAAGGAAGUAUACCUCCAGGACAUCCACUGUGUGGGUUCCUUAUGUAAGCUGUACUUCAGGGAACUACCCAAUCCUCUGCUCACAUACGAGCUGUACAGCAAAUUCACUGAAGUGGUCGCGGUCCGGGGGGAUCAUGAGAGACUUUUACACAUUCAGAGGGUCAUCAAAGAGCUGCCGACCCCUCACUUCAGGACUCUGGAGUACCUCACUAAGCACUUGGCCCACCUUGCCACCUUAAGCACCCGGACAAACAUGCACACACGAAACCUGGCCCUGGUUUGGGCUCCAAAUCUAUUAAGGUCUAAAGACAUUGAGGCAUCAUCAGGUAAUGGAGACAUGGCUUUCCAGGAGGUGCGGAUACAGCAGUCAGUGGUUGAAUUUAUUCUAAACCAUACAGAGCAGAUCUUCAGCAGUGACUCUGUGCAGAUCAAACCCAAAGAAGGGCCUAGUUUGAUGUGUGGGGAGAAGUACGCCACCCUCCCCAUCAGCGGUCAGUGUGGGCCGAUGAAACUGAUGAGCCUGGAGGAAGCCCAGGCCCGCUCCUUAAGUCCAAACCACCCUGUGCAUAAAGAACGUCAGCGGGAGAACAGUCUGCCCGAUACCAGCACUGCCACCCUCUACCACACCGUCAUAGACAUAUCAGACAGCAAGAGAAAGUUUUCUGGGAAAUCAAAGAAGUGGAAGUCCAUCUUCAACCUGGGACGCUCUGUGGACUCGAAGGGAAAACUGAGCCGCAACGGCAGCGUCUUCAUAAGAGCACCCGGGAUAACAGAAAAGGCAGCUCUUCGUCCCUCCAGGAGCAUGGAGUCCUUGUGCUCCUUACCAACAGAUGAUGACAGAACAGGAAACAACAGUCCCGCUGGUGGCAUUUUUGUCCCAGAUGUAAAAUCCAGAACGCUGGGAUCUGACUCGCUCUACGACCUGAGUGAACACGACCAAAACUGGGAGUUUAAAGGGAACAAAGCUGGCGGGGCAACAGGGGGCUGGAGCUCUAGCAUGAACCAAAAGGGGUCACCAAGUGCGUCUGUGCCCCCUCAAAAAACCCUGCCAGAGCAGCUGAAGGUGUUCAAAGGGGAUGACCUCGGCGGCUACAAGCCCACAUCUCCAAAAAACAGGCGGAUGCUUUACUCGGGCUCCUCCCACAACAGCUCCUCUCGGCCCUCCUUCCCAGGAAGCUUCUUCCCGCUAGAGUCCUCGCCGAGGCAUCAGCGCAGAGCCGUCAACAUAUCUGAGCCUUUCGCCGUGUCUGUGCCCCUGCGCGUAUCCGCCGUUAUCAGCUCCAACAGCACGCCGUGCAGGGGGCACGCCAAGGACAAAGCAGCUACUCUGAAACCCUGCAAAGAGAGCUCAGAAGUGAGCAGCGGCGGUGCAAAGAGCGACACUUUCCCCCAACUGGAACCCAAGAAGCAGGAAGGAACAGAGAAGAAAAACACAGAGCCGACCUCCAGAGUCCCACCAGAGGAUCCAAGCAAAGAAGUGGCGCAAGAAGGCGGAGAAGGGCUUAAUAUUUGUGAACUGGAACCACCGUCUCUUGCAAAUGUGAGAGAAGGCAAAGAUGCAGCGCCAUCUCCUGGGAAAGUACUGCACAACCAGUCCAUAGCUAAGCAACUGGACAAGCGAUCUUCUACUGGGAAAGAACUGUGGUCUGACCUCCACCAAGAACUGAAGAUAACUGAACCUGAAAUCGACCUGCUGGACGAGACCUUUAAACCAGUUUUCGGCUCCAAGAGCACCAGCGAGGUCACGAAGUUAACGAUGGACGUCAAGUCAAAACGAAGCCGCAGCUCUCCGUCUCUGUCUUUGCUAUUUCGGGAGCAGCCUUCAAAUACCUCUCUGAGUGAUCACGCAAUCGCCACUGGAUCAGACUCUGCAAAGAAACAGCCCUCAGAGUCAGACAUUGUGUUUUCUCUUCACAAAAGCACAGAAACGUCGGGCCCUGCUGACACAGUGGAUGAGAAAGAGAAGCAUCAACAUAUCACACCCUUAAAGAAAGAUGAACCAGCUUCCACCAAACAGCUUCCUUUAAAGGAAGCCAAUUCAGAUCGAGUUAUGAAUCCUUUGACAAUAGAGGAUACUCCAACAGCUGAAGGUUUUUCAGGAGCAGAUGGUGCUGACAAAAAAUUAGAAAAACACAAAAUUCCUCCAGGAGACACAAACGUCUCCUGUGAAGGAGCAAAGAAGAGUGAUAUUCCUAUGGAGGAAGUCAUUCAGAGGCUGUCGGUGUGUUUGGAGGAGAGAUGUAACACCUUGGAGCUGCCACACCUUGACAACGACGACGGAUGUGGAGGAAACUCAGAGGACCUGGACUUGGUGGAGCCUUGGGAGGAUCUUAGCUCCACCAAGCAGUGGGUUACCAGCCCUCUCCACUCACCUGACGUGGAGGAGCUCUUCAACCAGCUGUCGCCCUUCGGCUCUCAUGGGGAAGCUCAGAGCUUCACGGAGGGUAAGAUUUCAUCUCCUUCACUUGAUACUAACAAACAGUCUCUCAUUAAGAGCACUGAACACUUCUCAGGAAACGUUCCUCAGACUACCGGCAGCAAACCAGAAACUAAAUGGACGUAUUUGCCGUCCGUACCUACACGGGUCAGUGUGAGCAGCAAUAACGCAACACAGCCUCACGCAGGAAAGUGGAGCACAGCAAAACAGAAGAAUACAGCAUCAUCUCAGAGGUUUUACAGACAGAUGUCUUGUGAGGCAGCUGCUUCGGAGAAGAGAGAGGAAAACUACUUUUCAAAACACCGGCCAUAUUCACUGAAUUUAGACCUGGGGCCUCGAUGCAUCAGAGACAUUUCUAAUCAGCAAAACCGGAAUUCAUCAGAGUUUUCCUCGGGUCAGAGAGGACCGCUGACCUCGUCCGGAACCGCAAACGGGCUGCCCUCGGAGCUGGAGUUGUUUCUGAGCGAUCACCAGGCGCCUCUAAGGCGUAAUUCAGCCCCGGUAAGCGUGUCGUCGGUGCGAACAGCCUUCAUGAUCAAAACGUGCCAGGCCAAAGCUGUGCCCGUCGUCCCUCCCAAGGUGCAGUACAGUCAGAUACCUCAAUCCAGGCACGAGAAUGAUUGUGACGCAGUGAAGGAGCAAGAAAAGGAAUAUCCUAAAAUGAAUGCAGAGAAAAGCAACGCCACACCUCCUCCGGUGAUGUCAGAUCUAAAGGAGGAGCUGGAGAACAAAGAGCCUGCACCCAAACACCAAAAACACCCAAAUGUUGAGAAAUGUGCCGAAACUGCAAAGACCACGUCUACUCCGGAGCUGCCAGUCAUAACAAGGAGACACGCGCCCAGCCUGGAAGUGUUUGUAGAUUGUCCCAGACCUAACAGAGGGAACCUCUUACAAAGGCCCUCCUUCAGGAACAGGCAGAGACCUCAGAGUCUCAUCCUGCUCAGCCCCCCUUUUCCCAUCAUGGACUACCCGCCAUCAGGAGACGAUGGCAAGCUCCUCUCAUCCAUCAAGAGCCUGAACGACACGUCAGCUGUCAGCGUCUUUUCUAAAGAGAUGGGGGAGAAUUUCAGGACGGCGGAGGGGGUUACACUUCAAAACAAAAUGACGAUUCCAAAAAGUGGACAGAGGCUGGAAACGUCGACCAGCUGCUUCUACCAGCCGCAGAGGAGGUCGAUGAUAUUUGACAGCAGGAGCCACAGGCAGAUUGAAUGACUGGAGCGACAGUCACUGACUCUGAGACUGCCUGCAUGUAAAUAGAUACAGUAUAUAUAUAAAGUCUUUUUGUAAAACCAUGAAGUAUUUGAGAAAGAGUUGAGGAAGCCGUGAUGUAUGUGAACGCCAUUUAAGCUUGACUGAGAUCUGGGGCUGCAACUAAUGAUCUUCAAUUACCCUGAUUACCCUUCCAUUAAUUGUUUGGCCUGUAAAAUAUCAGAAUAGUACGUAUAUAAAUUCUCAUCACAGUUUCCCAGAGGCCAAGCUCAUCACAGAAGGCUUUAAAACAGCAACAAUCAGUAACAGUGGUUGCUUAAAAACAUAUUAAAACAAUCAAUUAUCCAAAAUUGUUGCCAAUUAAUUUGCCUUCAAUCAACUAAUCUGUUAAUUGACUCAUUGUUUCAGCUCUACUGAGAUCAAUGAAGGAAUGUUUUAAAAGGCGACCGAAGAACGACAGACGUUUAGUUUCUUGUCAAGUUACAGUAAAUCUGAGAUAUGGAAGGAUGCCCUGUCACAUCCAGUAUGGUGCUAUAGGUCCCAGUGGAUCACUGCCACGAAAGAUUCAGAACAUUGAUCAAGCAUUUGUAGGAAAAAGUAGCUUGACUCAAGGUCCUCUUACUAGCUUCUUACACAGUUUUCAACCUCAUCUCACAGUCAUGGAGACAGCUCAUUUAUCACACUCCAUCCACUGAGGGAGUGUGAUAAAUGAGCUGAGGCUGAAAUCUGAAAAAAAAAGGCUAACAAGUGGACUUAAGUUAAGGUUGUUUUUUUUUUACCUCAUUCAUAGGGGGUAGUUGUUUAAUUUAAUUGUUUAAAAUAUAUUUUUUCCAGCUUUCAUUGAAGAACAUGUCGUUUGGUGGCGGUCACCAGAAACUUUCUUUAACGUCUCUGCAAUAGUUUUCUAUACUUCUGCUACAGCACAGGAAGUUCAUGAACAAUGAGGAUGAAGUCAUUUUAAACAAACAAACACACCUCAUGUGUGUCAGUGAUGCUAUAUUCCAGCUGGAUUUAUCCUCGAACAUUCAGGGCUCUGGAUAAAGGAAAUGUCCAAUGAAGGUGAACAGAAAAUAAGACGCUGACUGAAGAACUGACAAUUAAACUGUUAAACAGUUUAGUAGCCAUGGAUUUGAUCAUGUAGAUGAAGAUGGGUUUAUUUAUUCCUUUAUUAACCUACACUUGAUUCUUAAUAAAUAUACUGUAUGUAGCUAUUGGCUCUGUGAUAAGCUGAUGUCAAUGUGAGUUUUUAAACUAAUAUUUAAAAGAAAUUCCUUUUCUGAUUUAAAUAUAUCGCAAACUUAAUUGAUAGUAUUUACCUGCAUAAGGACUUUAAUUCUUGUGUAUCUUUAUUUUCUGUGACUGCUUUGUAUUUUAUGGCCUUUUUUUAUUUGUUGCUUGGUUUUUGACGGAAAGAACCAGCACUGUAGAAAAGAGUAAAAAGUAUCCGAUGUUAUGAAAAGUAAAGUGGAGGUUGUGUGUGUGUGCACGCUGACUGUAUUUGAUGUGUCUGGGCUUUGGCGGUGCUUUGAGUCAAGGUCAGAUGAUGGUAUCUCCAGGUCGUUGUUUUCUUUUCUCUUUUUUUUUUUUUUUACAUUUUACAAACACGGGAUCUGAUAUUUUUACCUUUUGUGCUGUUUGUGGGCAAGCGCACAUGAACAUUACAGAGUUUGGAAGCAGUUAAAGGAGGUCACAGUGUAUUUUUUAAAGAUGCAGAUGCUAUUGAGGUGUGGCGCAGUGUUUUUUAUACUGUAGUUUGGAUGGACUGGAUGAAUGAUUACAGCGUUUUAUUAAAAAAAAAAGAGAAGUGUU